AUGCCGGACGAUGUCUAUUUUCACAUAAGACCCACUGAGGUGGACAUGGCUGGCCCUUUCCUUAGGGCAUUAUCGGGUGUUCAGAAUGAAUUUUUCUCUGCGCCCCUCUCAUCCACCCUCGACUGUAAUUCCGCGUCAUAUAAUGUGCAUGCACUCCUAGAGGCGCAAUACCCUUCCUUAUUUCUCAAAGAGUGGAGGACAGGUGUUUUGGCCAAGUCGAUAUAG